AUGGCAAAGCUUGUAAGCGGCGCCAUUUUUUUACUGGGCCUGCUGUUGUCCGCAGGCUGGUGCGCGGCCAAAACCGUCACCUACGAUUUCAAUGUGACCUGGGUUACAGCAAAUCCAGAUGGGUUAAUGGAGAGAAAGGUCGUUGGCAUCAACGGCCAAUGGCCUCUACCAGUGAUUGAGGUCGACAAGGGCGAUCAGCUGGUCGUCAACAUGUACAACGGCCUCGGGGAUAAAAAUGCCACCAUCCAUUUCCAUGGCAUGUACCAGAAUACCACCAAUUCCAUGGAUGGCCCUUCGAUGGUCACGCAAUGUCCAAUCCCUCCAGGCUAUAGUUUUACCUACAACUUCACGGUCAAUCAGAAUGGGACCUAUUGGUACCAUUGUCACACCGAUUUCUGUUAUCCGGAUGGAUAUCGGCAAGCGUUGAUCAUCCACGACAGCGACGCAUACUUCAACGAUAUGUAUGAGGAAGAGCUGGUCGUCACGAUGAGUGACUGGUAUCAUGACCUGGUCGAGGAUAUUGCUCCCAGUUUCUUGUCCUUGUACAAUCCUACCGGUGCCGAACCAGUGCCCAACUCUUUCCUCUUUAAUGACACCUUGAAUUCGAGCAUCCCUGUUAGACCCAAUACAACAUAUCUCAUCCGAUUGAUCAAUAUCGGUGCAUUUGUUGCUCAGUACUUCUACAUCGAGGGCCACACGUUCAGGAUUGUCGAAAUUGACGGUGUCUACACGGAACCUACCGAGGCCGACGUCCUCUACAUUUCGGUCGCUCAACGAUAUUCGAUCCUCGUCACAACCAAAGGCUCGACCGAUCAGAACUAUCCGAUUGUGACUGUCGCGGACUCAGAUCUCUUGGAUACCAUCUUGCCCGAUCUGCAACUCAACAACACCAACUGGUUGGAAUACAACCCCGAUGCUCCUCAUCCCCACGCUGUCAUGAAGGUUGACGCCUCCUCCGAUCUUGUUCCAUAUGACGAUUUCACUCUCAUCCCUCAUGAUCGAAUGGACCUACUACCUGACCCAAACUUUGAGAUCGAUGUUACGGUCCAAAUGAACAACUUGAUCAACGGCUUUGGCUACGCGUUUCUGAGCGACAUCUCCUACACUCAACCUAAGGUGCCAACCCUCUACACCGUCAUGUCUUCAGGUGACUUGGCCACCAACGCCGAGAUUUACGGCGAGUUCACUCAUUCAGUGGUUCUCCACCACAACGAUGUGGUACAGUUAGUUCUCAACAACGCCGACGGUGGUUCGCACCCGUUCCACUUGCAUGGUCACAACUUCCAAGUCAUCAACCGCUCCCCCCCUUACGGGCCACAUUUCUAUGACUAUGCAGAUGGCGAUCCGGUUCCUUGGGACUCCGCAAAUCAUUCGGCCUUCCCCGCCAUUCCAGCCCGAAGAGAUACAUUUGUUCUGCCUCCUCAGGGCAAUUUCGUCAUCCGCUUCGUCGCCGACAACCCUGGUGUGUGGUUCUUCCACUGCCACAUUGACUGGCACUUGUCGCAGGGGCUUGGUAUGCUUCUAAUCGAAGCUCCACUCCAGAUCCAACGCACCACCACCAUUCCGCAACAGCACUACGACAUUUGUCGUGCGGCGGGGGUACCGUUCGAGGGCAAUGCGGCUGCCAACACAGAGGAUCUCCUUAAUUUGGAUGCGCAGAACAAACAGCCCAAAUUUCUCCCUGGCGGCUUCACUGCGCGGGGAAUCGUGGCGCUUGUCUUUUCCAUUAUCAGUGCUCUGCUGGGAAUGGCAUUCAUUGUCGUGUAUGGGCUUUCCGAUCCUAUCGUCCUGCAGAAGGAUGGGCCAGACAACGUCGAGAGUGCACCAGCUGGCAAUGGCGAGGUACUAAGAGUCGAGUCGAAUCACGACUAG